UCUCUCGCUGUUAUAACCACAUUCAACAGUACCCAUUUUGUUUUUUGUAAAGAUAGUAAGCUCAGCUUGUCGUCAAUCAGAUUCCUCCCAUCAAACCAGUGCCAGAGAUUAGCUUGCUUUAAUCUUUCACUCUUUCUCACUACUUCUGCUGAAUCACCUCAGAUACAUGGCCCUUCUUGUAGGAUUCAUGUACCAUCUGCUGCAUAUAGAGAUCAUCCGUCUCCUCAAGAAGAAGCGGCUUGACCCUCACUUUUCUGUACCCGAGAUUAAUGAGCUUAAUAUCUACAAGCUCGAUCCCUCUGAAUUACCAGGGCUUUCAGAAAUUAAGUCCGAUGAACAAGUGUGGAGCUUUUUCUGUGAACCAGAUUACAAGUACGCAAACAGUAAACGUGCCAACCGAAAAACUGGUAGUGGAAACUGGAAAAUAACCGGUAAACCCCUUAAAGUCAAGGAUAAAACUGGGAAAGUGAUCGGUAGCAAAAAGAAUUUGGUUUACCAUAAACGUGUUGCUUCGAAGAUGGUCAAGACUGACUGGCUCAUGUACGAGUUCUCUGUUAAGGACAGCUCACGUUAUAAGGUGUAUUGGUUUCUUUUUCUCAUUUCUCAUUUUUGGAGUUUACUGAACUACUGUUUAUGGGUUUUCUUAAUUUAUGCUUUAGUGAUGAAUUUAUCUAUUGAACAUAAAUCUUCUUCUGCUAGUUUUCAUCUGUAUAUACUCUGUUUUUGUAUUAAUGGUUGAAGAUUGAAAAGAUGGAUGAGCGAGAUAGAAACUAGAUUUCGGUUUUGAUGAAAUUUACUGCGGUUAGCUUGAAAAUAUUUUAUACUAAGCAUUCUAGACGAUCCAACACAUUUUAUUUUUCUUUUUUUGGUUUUGCAGAAGGAUUUUGUUUUCUGCGACAUUAAAAAAAAUCCGGAUGCCAAGUCUAAUAUUUCAACUUCCGAUGAUGAUCAACAUCAACCAAGUCAGAGUUUGGCUUCUGAUGCUGAAACCUAUGCUACAGAAAAAGCUUCUACAGAGGUAGUAGAAUCUCAGCAACCUUCGACUCACGGUUUGAGAAAUAACUCUUUGGAAGUGAGAAAAUUCAUCUUAUUUAUGGGCAGUUUUCAUUACCAAUA